GAGGAAAGGUAUUGAGGAGUAAAACGGGGAGUAUCGUUGACAUCAACCAGCAGUGUUUAAAGCUACCCGACCGGAGAUGGUCCCCCGACACACGAGCGCAGAGUAGCGGUCCUGUAGGGCUUCUGAGGAGGCGAGAGGAAAGCUGGCGUUCCCUGMCGAAAAGUUAAACCUUUCUGAGGAGCUCAGCUGUCAAAUGGGAUUAUUAUUUCUAUCCGGCGUUCAAGGGAAACUGCCCGCUGAAAGUCCAUCCACAUGAAUUUAUCCGACCAAAAAGAAGACGGAACACUCACUUUCCCUAUUAAGGUCCACUGGAUGGUCACACUGAGGAUUCCACAGAGCAGGCCAUGAUGCCUCAGCCAGGGCUGUAGGGAACACCCAGAGAGUGCCAAGCCCUGCUGAGGGAAGUUUCCCCCCCAUCCCCCACCUCCAUCCCCUAUUGCAGGAGGUACCAUGGUUCCCCCCAGGSCAGGUGGAACCGUAGCCCAGUCCAGGGCGACUCGUACUAGGUACRGACUCUGCUUCUACCCCCCUUGUCUGCUACUGCCACUGCUGGUGCUCACAUCCCUGCCCAACCUGUCUGAGGCGGUGGCGGCACCCAAGUUCAUCAAGAUCCCCGGGGACCAGAUCGGGGUUUCGGGGGGUGUGGCCUCGUUUGUGUGCCAGGCGUCAGGUGACCCCAAACCCAUGGUCAACUGGAACAAGAAGGGCAAGAAGGUCAACUCCCAACGCAUAGAGACAAUAGAGUUUGAUGAUGGAGCGGGGGCCGUACUGAGGAUCCAGCCUCUCAGGGCCCCCCGAGAUGAGAAUGUCUAUGAGUGUGUGGCCCGCAACAGUGAGGGAGAUGUGGCCACCACUGCCAAGCUGGCCAUCAUACGGGAGGACCUGUUGCCGUUUGGUUUCCCCAGCAUUGACAUGGGUCCUCAGCUGAAGGUGGUAGAGAGGACCAGGACGACCACCAUGCUGUGUGCUGCCAGUGGCAUCCCUGACCCAGAGAUCUCCUGGUUCAAAGACUUCCUCCCUAUAGAGCCCAGCUCCAGCCAGGGACGCAUUAAACAGCUGCGCUCAGGUGCCCUCCAGAUAGAGAACAGUGAGGAGUUAGACCAGGGAAAGUAUGAGUGUGUGGCCACUAACUCUCAGGGAGUGCGCUACUCUUCCCCGGCCAACCUGUAUGUACGAGAGCAACGAGAAGUGCGUCGUGUGCCCCCUCGUUUCUCCAUCCUGCCCUCCAACCAUGAGAUCAUGCCCGGCGGCAGCAUCAACAUCACCUGCGUGGCGGUGGGUUCACCCAUGCCCUACGUCAAAUGGAUGCUGGGUAGUGAGGACCUGACACCUGAGGACGAGAUGCCAGUGGGGCGGAACGUUCUGGAGCUCAACGGAAUCAGGGAGUCGGCCAACUACACCUGUGUGGCCAUGAGCAGUCUGGGGAUUAUCGAGGCCACUGCACAGGUGUCAGUUAAGACUCUUCCCAAGCCUCCCGGUACCCCCAUCGUCACAGAGACGACUGCCACCAGCAUCACCAUCACCUGGGACUCCGGUAAUCCCGACCCGGUGUCCUAUUACAUCAUCCAGUACCGGGCCAAGGCACCAGACAGCAAGUACGAGACGGUGGACAGUAUCACCACCACUAGGUACAGCAUUGGAGGGCUCUACCCCAACACAGAGUAUGAGAUCAGGGUGUCAGCCUUCAACAGCAUCGGCCAGGGACCCUCGUCCACCCGGGUGGAGGCCAGGACAGGGGAGCAGGCCCCGGCUAGCCCACCCAGGAACGUCCAGGCCAGGAUCAUCUCCAAGAACACUGUCAUGGUCCGCUGGGAGGAACCAGAGGAGCCCAACGGACAGGUGAAAGGUUACCGGGUGUACUACACCAUGGACCCAUCUCAGCCCAUGAGUCUGUGGCAGAUCCAUAAUGUUCAGGACAGCACCAUCACCUCCAUCCAGAGCCUGGUACCCUCUGAAACAUACACUGUCAGAGUCCUGGCCUUCACCUCUGUGGGAGACGGACCCUUCUCUGACCCUGUCCAUGUCAAAGUGCUGCCCGGAGUUCCAGGGCAGCCAGGAAAGUUCAAAGUGGGCAAGGUGACGGAGACCAGUAUAGAGCUGACUUGGGAACCGUCCUACAUCAAGGAGGGCAUCGUCAACUACGAACUGCUCUACAAACCUGUCAAGUUCGGCAGCCUGGAGAAGUUGACGUUUGGGCCCAGGGCGUCGUACACAGUGGAGGGUCUGAGGGCUAACACGGAGUACUCCUUCUCCCUGGCUGCCAUUUCUAACAAAGGCAUUGGAGCCUUUACCAACGAGCUGGUCCAGAGGACAGCACAAGCCAAGCCCUCGGCUGCUCCCCUGGGCGUGUCCUGUGACAGCUCCAGCUCCACCUCCCUGAGGGUAAGUUGGACACCGCCGCCCACURAGACCCAAAAUGGCACACUGACUGCUUAUGUGCUGCGCUACCAGCAAGUGGUGUCUGGGACCGAGGUCAAAGGUCAGGGUCCAGAGGUGAAGGGGCCUCCCAUCCCCCCAGAGCAGGGGCAGGCGGUGGUGGAGGGGCUGGAAAAGUGGACCUGGUACCGCGUUAGCCUGGCAGCCUUCACUACCGAGGGGUCCGGACCAGAGAGUCCAGCGCUGCUCUGCCGCACAGACCACGACGUCCCGGGUGCGGCCCCUCGGCAGGUGGAGGUCCGGCCCUUCAACUCCACUGCCCUUAGGGUCACCUGGCGAUCUGUGUUGCCAAGGCAACGCCAAGGUCAGAUCCGUGGUUACCAGGUGCACUAUGCUCGUGUGGAGAGUGGCUCAUCACGCAGCCUUCCCCGAAUCAAAGACCUGCUAUUGGACGACAGCCAGUUUGUGGAGGAUGACUCUACUGAAUAUGAGAUGAUGGUGGGGGGUCUGAAGCCUGAGAUGUGGUACUCUGUGUCUGUGGCGGCUUACACCACUAAAGGGGAUGGAACACACAGUAAAGCCAGGGUGGUGCAGACACCGGGGAUUGUGCCUGGUGCCCCCUCACUGUCGGUGCGCCCAGGGUCUGAACCCUCCAUGGUGGUGAGAUGGGGGCCCCCUACUGGGGGUUCAGACUCAGGUCCAGGGGCCAAAGGGUCUGAAGUUCAGAUCCAGGGUUUCCGGCUACAAUUUGGGCUGAAGAAUGCAACCCUGGACACUACGGUGGAGUUUUCGGCCAGGGAGCGAACGUACACACUCAUAGACGUAAUUCCAGGGUUGACCUAUGUCGUUACCCUUUCCGCCAAAAGCCGGUCAGGAUACGGAGACGAGGCACGGGAGGAACUCGAGAUGCCUGAGUACCCACCCAGGGGCUACCCUCAAAUCUCAGAAAACAUUAACGUCACCUGUUGUUCGCUCCAGUUCUCCUGGCUGCCCCCUGUGCCAAGCGAGCGAAACGGUGUGAUCACCGAAUACACAAUAGCUUAUCGGGAAGCAGGGGGUCUUAACCCUCUGGGCAUUGACCCUCUGGUACCCCCUCGCCAGAUCACGCUCCCGGCUAUUGAGUCCAGCUACACCAUUCUGGGCCUGAACCACAACACAGGGUACGAGGUGCAGAUGUGUGCCCACACCAGCGUAGGUCCCGGCCCGUUCAGUCCCCCGCUGCUGUAUCGCACACUGACUUUCGAGACAGGUAGGGCUGGCCUGGGGCCUGGGGCCUGGGGCCUGGCACAGGGCUCCAGAGAAACCCCCCUAUUCACUCUAAAUACUGGUCUAGAGUCAGAUUUUUUAAAUUUUAAUCUGAACCUUGAAUAUCAUAGUCCAAAAUGCAACACUGACUCUGGGCCAGUUACAAGGGUCAACUUUCACCCACAGAGUGGUUGUUUUCCCGUCUUCCAAUCAGAUGUCCCGAGGAAUUUCUCAGUGAACCUGGCGACCAAGACGAGUGUUCUCCUGACCUGGGAAUUCCCUGAGAGCCCCUACCCCUACCACUUCACUGUGGAGUAUAACCGCCAGAAGAUGGAGGUGGAUGCCAAGCUGAGGAAAGCAGUGAUCCCCAACUUGCAGCCAGAUACUGACUAUGACUUCAAGAUCACCUCCUCUGAGGGCAACAUGGGCGGGCUGAGGCACCGCAUCCACGCCAAGACCUCUCCACCAAUUGCCAUCCGCCGUCCGGAGAUUGACCACACCCGUGACACGGAGACCACCAUCACCCUAAUCCUGCCCUCGCUGGAGAACCGCAUCCCUGUCAAGAACCUGUAUGUGGUGGUAGUUCCUCUGAGGAGGACGAGGGGGGUCAUUAGACAUCUCAAGAGCCCAGACGAGAUGGACUUGGAGGAGUUGUUGAAGGACAGCAGUCAGAGACAGAGGGAAUCUAGACAGCAGAAACAGGUAGACCUGCGCAGAGCCUACAUCUCAGCCCUCUUCACCCCUGCUACUCUGCCAGCCUUCUUCACUCUGGGGGACCAGCUGGACUACGGAGGCUUUGAGAACCGUGCUCUAGAACCGGGACAGGAGUAUGUGUUCUUCAUCCUGGCUGAACUCAAUGGCACCACAGUGAAGAUGUACGCGGACAGUCCGUACACAGAGCCAGUGAUCGCUCCGGACUCAGACCCCCAGCCCCUGGACGCGGGGGAUGGUCUGAUCUGGGUGGUGGGACCCGUCCUGGCCGUGGUCUUCAUCAUCUGCAUCGUCAUCGCCAUCCUGCUCUACAAGAACAACAAGCCAGACAGUAAGAGGAAGGACUCCGAGCCAGGCACCAAGAGCCUUCUGUGUAAUGCUGAGAUGAUGGCCCACCACCCCACAGACCCUGUUGAGAUGAGACGCAUCAACUUCCAGACCCCUGGUAUGAUGAGCCACCCUCCCAUUCCCAUCACAGAGCUGGCUGAACACACAGAGAUACUCAAGGCCAACGAUAGCCUGCGUCUGUCUCAGGAGUACGAGUCCAUCGACCCUGGUCAGCAGUUCACCUGGGAGCCUAACCCCAACCUUUUACCUCUCUGUGUUUCCAUCGACCCUGGUCAGCAGUUCACCUUCCAUCGACCCUGGUCAGCCAUUCACUGGGGCAUCCAACUGGAGGUGAACAAGCCCAAGAACCGCUAUGCUAACGUCAUCGCCUACGACCACACCCGCGUCGUCCUCGCCCCCAAUGAAGGUUCAAGUCCAGGUAUCCUGGGCAGUGACUACAUCAAUGCUAACUACAUAGACGGCUACAGGAAGCAGAAUGCCUACAUCGCCACACAGGGCCCACUGGCAGAGACAUUCGGGGACUUCUGGAGGAUGGUGUGGGAACAGAGAGCAGCCUCUGUGGUCAUGAUGACCAGACUGGAGGAGAAGUCACGGAUAAAGUGUGACCAGUACUGGCCGACCCGGGGUACAGAGACCUAUGGGAUGACUCAGGUCACAAUACUGGACACUAUGGAACUGGCCACCUUCUGCGUGCGCACCUUCUCCCUGCAGAAGGUCAGUACACACAAACGCAUGCACAAAUACUGUACACCAGACGACAUUGCAUAG